AUGAAAGAAAAGUAUUUAAAUAAAGGAUUGUUUUCAACUGAAACUGCUAAACAAAAGGCCGAGCUUUUGGGCGCUGAAUUUAUUGGAUUGUUUUCAACUGAAACUGCUAAACAAAAAGCUGAGCUUUUGGGCGCUGAAUUUAUUAGUUUAUUUGAUAUUCAAUUUGGGGAUAUUAAUGUAAAUGUGGAAAAUCAGAUAGAUUUGAAUGAUUUGGACUUUGAUUUUAGCGAUACAUCAGGCAUUGAUUUUAAUUUGUUUCAAGAUUUAAUCUAA